GAGAGCGAUAGUAGAAUCUAGCAUUUUUGACUUGAGCUUUAACAAGAACGGACCUUAGGAGUGUAGGAAAAGGAGCUUUUUUUAUAUGACUGACUACUUGGUAUUUAAAUAUAUUUCUUAAUGAGAGUUUUAAGUAAAAAGUAAAAGGAAAAGUUUUCGUUGGAACAAGUUCAAUAUAUUUUAUAUUUCGCUGGAGAGAUAAAUGGUUAAAAUGCUUUCGAAAGCUACUAUUCUAAUUUUGGUCAUCGCUUCGUUCGUUAAACCCACCGUAAGCUCUGAAGAGGAACCGGUGGCUUUAAAUUUAUUUCAGAGCUUGUUGCCAGAUGAUAUAUUAGUUGUAUCGGGUGAAGAAGACUGUAUACCAAAUCCUUGUAAGCAUGGAGGAACUUGUCGAAUAGAUUCAACAACAGGAGGAAGAGUAUGUGACUGUUUUAUAGGCUACUCUGGUAACGAAUGUGAGACGGACUUGUGUGGAGUCCUCAGCUACUGUAAUAGUGAAAAUGAGCAGGGCUAUUGCGACGUACCCGCUGACGGGUCCAUUCCAUCAUGUGUCUGCUUUGAAGGUUAUUCUGGUCAAAAAUGCCAAACAAUAGAUAUAUGUAUUGUUGCGAAUCCUUGCGUGUCAGGCACGUGUGUUAACAAUGGGCAGUGCGAAUGCCCUACCUCUGUCACGGGAAGAAAAAUAAAGUUUGGAGAUAAAUGCCAAUUCAUUAAUCCCUGUUUCUCUCAACCUUGUCAAAACGGAGGAACUUGCGAACCGAAUGUUGUAGACAAUGAACCUACGUAUAACUGUAAUUGUGACGGAAACUACGAAGGAGAUUUAUGCGAAAAACCUCAACUCGUUAAAUUAUAUCCCUACUUAGGAGUUGGUACACCAAUUGAUUUCCCAACAAAAGACAAUGACCAUUUUGAAAUUGAUCUUCAUCAACCUUUCAAGAUUUUCUGCUCAGAAGUCAAUUCUAUUUUUGUGAAUGUGAAUGGUUACGUCUCUUUGGGAACAGAAUUUGAUAGAAAUUCCAUUACUUUAAACCGCUUUAUUACUCCUCAGAGUAACAUUUUUGUUCCAGUGCUAGCUCCAUUUUGGGUUGACGCAAUGGCAGAAACAUUUGGUAGUUCUUAUGGUCAAGUCUAUUACAGUCAAUAUAGUAUUAACGAAGCUGAGAAUAGUGAAAUGGCUAGAUAUGUUUUUUCUCUUGCCAAACACGAUAUUGUUGAUCAGGGUGUAGAUCCUCAGUUCGAACCAGAUUGGAUUAUGAUUGUCACAUGGGAUAAGAUGAGGAAUAUGCCGGCUAUUAAUCAGUACAAUACUUUCCAAUUGGUUAUGGUGCAAGACAGCGCUAGGGAAGUAGUUUAUGUUUUCUUCCUCUUUGACACAUUGGGAUGGAAAUUUAAUUCAUACGCUGUUAGUCUUGGGGUUGUAAGCGGCGUUAGAGGUGUUACAAUCCAUGGAAAUGGUUACAGAAGUAUCACUUUUAGGGGUAGUAAACCAGCAUUGUUUAGACUAGAUACAUUUGCCGGCAAUUUUCCUGAUAAGAGGACUGGUCGAUACUACUUUAAAGUUAAUUAUCCUUCUGGUACACAAUGCUUAGCGCCUGCAACUCCUGAAUCUAAAUGCUUUGGAUGGGCUGCUCAACAAACUAAUUGGAAUUUUGUGUCCCUAAAUAGACGAGCGUUUUCAAUAAGAGCUAGAGCGUGUCCAUGUUCUGAAAGAACUAUUAGAUCUAUGGGAUAUUUCAAGAGAUGGCGUAGAAGUAGUAGUAGACCUCUUCAUUUUAUUGACAAUUCAUUUAGGGAACGCUGUUAUACAAGCCGUUUCACUAGAUUAGGGUCGGAAGGUAUUGUUUGCUGUUAUAGAGGCGUUUUUGGAACAUAUCAACUUGCAAAGAGUGUCUUGGUCUUGAACAAUCCAAAUGUGCGCAGAAGUUAUGAUGAUUUUGCUGCUGAUGACUAUGUGGGCUAUGAUAAUUGCUGUAGAAAGAGCAAUCUUUGUGCCAUUUUCUUAAGGCAUAGGAUGUGGAAUAUUUGUAGGAAUCCUUUUGUUCGAUGGGCUUUCUUUUUCGGAGAUCCACAUAUAACUACUAUUGAUGGUAGAGGUUAUACAUUCAAUGGUCUUGGAGAGUACACGCUAUUGAAGUACGGAAGUGCCUCAAACACAGAAUUUGAUUUACAGGCCAGAACUGCCAGAGCUAUCGAUAAAAAUAACAAAGCAUCACUUGCUACAGUCUUUACUGCAGUAACAGGAGUUGAUAUUAAAACAAAUCAUGCUGGAUUUGUGGGUCUUAAAGAAGGAACUCAAAAUGAAAUAGAAAUUCUUGUUAGAUUAGAUUCAGACACUUGGAUUGACAAAACUGCUGAUUUUUCCAGUGCCAAUUCUGAUGAAGAGUUAGAAGAGUUAGGUGAAUACUUAACUAUUAAAAAGAAUGGCAAUUCCAGCGUGGAAUUAUACUUCUCUGAGAGUGAUCUACGUCUUGGCGUCACUGCUGAGUUGGGUCAAAUUACUUUGUCUGUUGUGAUCGGGGACAGCUGGAAAGCAACAGCUGAGAAGAAAACUCAAGGAUUAUAUGGUCUAUUCGACGGCGAUGACACUAAUGACUUUUUAAAAUCAGAUGGAACCACUCUGAGUAAAGACGCUUCUGAAUCAGAGAUAUAUUCGGAAUUUGGAGAAUCAUGGAAAAUUAGUAAACCAACUUCUAGAAUGUACUAUAAAAAUGGACAAGAUGCUAACACGUUUAUUGAUACAACCUUUAGACCCAUUUUCAAAGAUGAGUUUUCUGCUGAACAAGUUAAAGCUGCUGAAGAUAAGUGCGGUGGACCAGAUAAAAUAUCCUGUGUUUAUGAUUUUCUGGCAACUGGAAAGGAGGAUGUAGCCGAAGCGGCAAAGAAAUCUUCUGAGGAUACUCAAGAAAUAAAUAAACUCAGUAACAACAAUCCUCCAAAUAUCACAAUUGAAAGUGGUGUAGUUAUUAAAGAUCAAAUCACAUAUUGGGCUAUUACUGCUGGUGAAAAGGCUGAAAUUUUGUUUUCUGUAGUCGACUCUGAUAAAGAUGACGAAGUCUCCCUACGAAUUGAAGAUAUACCUCCAGGAGCAACAGUCGAUGGUCUAAAACUCACAUGGACUAAUCCAGACACGACUGACGUAUUACCAUCUGUCAAAGCUUAUGCAAUAGAUAAGUUGAAUGCAACAUCCAGCUCAAUAUUAAUUCAAAUUCGUUAUUGCGGUUGUCAAAAUACCAAUCCGAACAAAGCAAAAUGUAAUUUCGAUAAAAUAGCAAAAAAUACUAAUUCUACAAAUGAAUAUAUGAGGGCACUCUGCAAUUGUGAUGUAGGAUGGACUGGUUCAUACUGCGAUAUCGAUUUUGACGCUUGCGAUAGUCCAUCCCCAUGCCCUGUUAACUGCACAGAUAAAACACCUGCUGAACAGAAGGCAUCAAAUUUAGCUUAUCAAUGUGAAGGAUGUCCUACUGGUCUAACUAUGAAUAACGAUAAAACCAAAUGUAUUGAUGAAGACGAAUGCUUAUCUAAUUCAGCAUGUGGAGCCAAUACAAAAUGUGCAAAUACAGAUGGUAGUUAUGAGUGUUUAUGUGAAGCUGGAUAUGAAAAAGCUAUUUCUGGUGACAAAAGUUGUACUAACGUUAAUGAGUGUGAAAAAGGAUUAUCGGAUUGUCCCUUCAUAUGCGAGGACACACCAGGUAAUUUCACGUGCCAGUGUCCCCCAGGCUAUGAAGAUAAAAAUUCCGAUGGAAAAAGCUGUAAAGUGCUGGCCACUUUGCAGCAAGAAUGUGACCAGAUGCCUACUCCAUGCGCCAAUAGCCAGUGUGAAUAUGUGACAGGAAAUUCAGGAAGCGUUCAUUGCGUAUGCGAUAGUCGCCAUCAAUUAAAAGCCGACCAGGUCACUUGUGAAGAUUUCGAUGAAUGCUCGGAUAAUAGUAGGAAUAAUUGCGAUCUAACUCUGUCAACUUGCAAUAAUACUGAUGGAGAUUAUGAUUGUGUUUGCAAAGCCGGCUACAAAUGGGCAGCAGAAUCCAAAAAGACUUGUGAAGAAUGCGAUCCAGGUACUUGGGGCAUCAAUUGCGCUAAUACUUGCAAUUGCAAAAUUGGUACUGACUGUGAUCCGGCAUCUGGUUGUACUGAAUGUGAGAAUGGUUAUGGACCUUUACCAUAUUGCAAUGAAGAUAUCAACGAAUGUGAGCUAAUAGCCGAUAGAUGCGGAAGUCAUGGCUCUUGUAAAAACCUUAAUGGUACAUUCAAGUGUAUCUGCGAUAAUGGUUAUACGUGGCCUAGCCUAAAUUCCACUUGCAUAGAUAUAGAUGAAUGUAAAAUAGAGAAAUUGAAUAUAUGCCAAGACAUUUGUGAGAAUUUAAAUGGAUCUUUUAAAUGUGGAUGCUUCGUUGGACACAAAUUAAACAACGACAAUUUUACUUGUUACGAAGUCAAUGAGUGUAAUUCGAACCCCUGCAGAAAUGGAGGAGCAUGCAUAAACAAUAUUAAUUCAUUUUCUUGUAACUGCAAGACCGGUUUCUAUGGAAGAAUAUGUGAAAAUGAAUACGUUGAAAAGUUUUACAUCGUUGAAUUCCUAUUGAAAGAAGCUUAUUUUAGCGAUAAUUCCGAACUAAAACAAAAUAUUUCCAAAGAAUUAUCAAUCUUUUAUAACGAGCAGUUUGGUGCUAAUUAUACUGGUUUAGCAAACGUUGUUUUGAAUGAAUUAAAUAAACAAUUCAAAUUUGAGGGAAAAUUUAAAGUUCUUCAUCCAGACAAUGUUACUGAAUUAGUAAAUGGAUCGAUUCUUCUUAAGGAAUUUAUACGAAAGUUUAAGAAUAAGAAUAUUGGACAAUAUAGUUACGCACUUAACAGCGUUAAACAGGAUACCGCAACUACGGUAAAUCUUGAAGGAAGUUUUGUGCUUAGUUCGUUGUCUUAUGUUAUUGACUACGCAAAUCCUUUAAGUUCACUUGCUGUUGAGUUAGAAACCAAGAUAACCAAUGCGGUAAAAGAUUUCUAUAGUAAUCACUUUGGUCCGGAUAAUUAUUUAGGAGUCGACGCGUUUUCGUAUACAAACUAUACGGAUACUAGUACCGUGAGAGUAAGAUAUGUCAUUGUACUUGAAGAGUCAGUUAAUAGGAGAGAAUUAGUCAAUGCAUUCAAUGUAACAGUUUUGAUGGGAACUGAUACAAUACAAGGGACUGACCUUACAGUAAUUAGGCGUACUGUAUUUCAAGGAGUACUUAUUCAACUGCCUUUCGCUACCAUCGAUGCUACUUUCGUUCUAACCAAUGAAAAAUAUAAUGAUGCCUUCUCUGAAACAACGACUAGCCAGUAUAAAACCUUAAGACAAUCUAUUAUUGUGAAUAUUGAACCAAGAUAUAAAAAUUCUCUUGACGAUUAUGACGAAAUGGGUGAUGUUACUUUCGAAGAAGCUGCAAAUAGCAAUAUUCAAGUAAAGUUUCCCGUUAAAAUACUUCCUGAAAAGGCUAAACCAAAUUUGGCAAAGAUAUCUAUCGAAUUCAUUGAAAAUUCCAAGAGAACUGAUGCUACUCGUGUCAUCAAGGACUUAACUUUAAUUACUUCGAGUAUUUCUCACGAUAGUAAGGUAUUUUCUACAGCUUUAUGUGAAAUCCAAACAAGCAAUCAAGCUUGGUCAGCGUCUAUGUCUGAUGUAUCACACUCGGAUGCAACAGCUAUAAUCAACAAGAUUAAGAAUGCUGUUGAACAGUUUUACAAAGAUGAAUUUAGUACAAAAUAUUUAGGUAUUUUUAACUGGAAAUUGAGUGAUGUUUCUGGUAAAGUGAUGGCUUCAUAUGAAGUAGGAAUAUCUCAACAAAUCAUUGAUGGAAAUGAUCUGGUUAAUAAGUUCUACACAACGAUAAUGAAAUCAUCAAAUACAUUAGGCAGCACAGAUAUAGAAGUUGAUACAACAACUCUAAGACAAGAAGAAAAACUACCACAACCUGUUAGCUCCUUUGAUGCUGAAGCAAUAAUUACAAAUGAACCUUGGAAGGCAACUUUUGCUGAUGCAGGCCAUCAAGAUUACACAGAUCUAAAGAAUAAAAUAGAUACUGCGCUUUUACCAAUUUACAAUAAUGCUGAUUCGAUUUCAAGCAAUCUGUUGAAAUCAUUGUCUGACUAUCAAUUUUCUGAAGCUAGUAAUUCACAAACAAAAGUUACUUACAAAGCUACUGCCAAAGAUGGCCAAAAAUUUGAAUACGAUAAUAUUACAAAGCUUUUACGUUAUUUCUUAAAAACAUCAGAGAAAGUAUCAAGAACAGAACGAAAAAUUGGAAAUGUUAAUAUUGAAACUUUGUCCUUCAAAACAAAUGGGCGAUUUGGUCAAGUUACUAUGGGAGAGUUUAUUAUCUAUAAUGAAGAUUUCAGUUCAGCUUUGUCGAAUACAGCAUCUGCCGCUUAUACAGAGCUCAAAAAUAAAUUAACAGCUUCAAUAGAACCAUUUUACACUUCGUAUUUCGGUACAAAAUUCUUGGAUACUUUCAAUUGGAAAUUCGAAGAUCAUUCUAGUGAUAUAAAAGUAUCAUAUGAGAUUUCAGUUCUCUUACAAAUUAUUCCUAAUGAUUUUGUUGUUAAAUUUGACGAUUCUAUCUUGAAAAAUGGCGAAACUAUCAACAAUACUAAUUAUUUGGUUACGAGAAGAAGCGUUAUCCAAGAUAUUCAAUUACCACUGCCACCAGCACUACAAUUCGAUAUGCUUUUUAUUUCGAGUGAUAUUGUCAAACAGAAUGACAAAUAUAACUCAGAUACAGCACCAGAAUCAAUCGCUCUAAAGACAAAAGUAGAGGAUUACUUUAAAUCUCUUCCAGAAUUUAAAGAAAUUUUUGAUGCUAUUAAUACCAUCACUUUUGCUAAAGACUCAGAUGACAAACUUAAAAUGUCAUUUAAAGUUGCCAUUUAUCAAGGAAAAACUCUUCCGACCAUUACUGAAAUUUACAAGAUUAUCCUAUUAAGCUCGAGUCGCGAUACUUAUGACUCAAGAACAUUAGGUACACUCCUUGUUAAACCCGAUUCCAUCGUUCUCACAGAUAAAGAUAGUGUAACACCUACUUUAACUUCUUUCUGGGUUAAAUUUAUCGUCGCUAACAAGAAGUGGAUCGUUGACUAUGAAACUUCAACAUCGUCUCCUUAUACCGACUUCAAGAAAGAAAUCACUGAUGUUUUGAAUCCCUUCUUUUUAAACACACUCAAAUUAACAAAUGUAGAAACGUUCCUAUUUACAUUAAAGAAUGCAUCAUCAAAUACUCAAGUAUCUUUGGAAGUUCUUUACAAGACAGGUGGCAAUCCAGAUAUUACUCAAUUUGAUAACUCUGUUCUUUCAAAUAAAGACAUAUUUGGAAACACAUCAUAUACAAUUAUUAGAUCUUCUGUUUAUUUCAAUGGUUUCCUGCCAAACAAGGAGAUUACUUUCAGUGCAACAAUCAAACUUGAUUGGAAGGCUGAAUAUGAGACAGUUGGAUCCUCCGAAUAUAAGACGUUGUCCGCUAAUCUGGCAAUAGCUUUGAAAGACGGAUUUACAAAGGAAUCUAUCUUAGGAAAUGAUUUUAUUGGAGCAAGUGAUAUAACUUUCACUAGGGUUUCUAAAAAAUUUACUGGUGUUAGUGGAAAAUUGAAGCAUAGCGCAAAUGAACUGCCAGAUAUGGCUGGUCUAUUAGAUAAAUUGAUAAAGGAAACAGAAAAUGAUAAAAAUACCCUCAAGUUUGGAAAUUAUAAACUAUUGAUAAGAUCAAUCAGUUUGAAUGGCAAAGAGAUUGAAGUACUCCCAUCCCUGGUAACAUUUACUUAUACAUAUAACGAAAAUAUGAAAGAUCUUGCCUCGACGGAAGCUAAAGACGUAAUCCAAAAAAUAAGAGCGGAACUAACUCCUUUCUAUCAAAAUAGAUACGGAGCGUCCUUCAGUACACUAGUUAUCCUAGCUCUAUUUAAAGGUUCCGUUCAAGCAUCAACACUGGUUACUCUAACAAACUCUCCAAGUGUUGAUGACAAAAAUACACUAUUCACAGACCUUGUUGAAUACUCGAAAAAUAAGGACGCUAUUAAUGAAAAUAAAGUAGCAAUUUCUGGAAAGGCUUCGUCAGAAUUGGGCAAUAACACACUAAUAACUAUCUACCUCAAAGAUUUUUCAAAGCAGCUGACUUCAGAGGAAGGAGAAAGUGUUAUUACUAGUAUAAAGGCUAAUGUACCAACAAUGUUAAGUGAUGCUGGUAUUUCCGUUUUGGAAAUUAGUGUUGAAACUCCAGAAUUUAUAAGUAUUUCUAAAGGCACAAAAGCCUCAUUUUCAGUGAAAACUAUAGGAACUAGCGAAACAGAAAUUGAGCAAGUCUUCAAAGACAACACAAAGAUUGGCACCUACAGCUAUAACAGCAACAUAGAUACAACGACUGGAUAUGCAGAAAGUGAAAAGCUCAGUUUCGAAGGUACUGUUGAUGUAGCGUGGAGUAAAGAUUUUUUGAUAACGACCAGCAGCAAAUAUACUUCUCUCGUUUUCGAACUGUCAAAGGAAAUAAGAAGUGCUUUUAAAGAUAAUGUAUUUGGCGACAAUUAUACCACUACCAUAGAUUUUGAAUUCUCCAAGACUUCAUCACUAUAUCAAACCAAUGUUAAAACUACAAUUAUUCAUAAAUUUGACACAAUACCAGAUGUUUAUGGAGUUUUAAGUAAACUUUUUAAAGUUUUAACAGUUGACGGAUCUACAGUCGUUUUUGUAAGUCGUAAAUUUACUUUAAGAUCAAUUAAGUUGGACAAUAAAGGAUUGGAAGUCUUACCUGCAAUUGUUACUUUCAAUUAUGAUUAUAAGGAGCAAAUGAAAGAUAUAGAAUCAGCAGAAGCAAAAGAUGUUAUACCAAAAAUCAAAAAUCAGUUGGAAAAUUUCUACUCUUCCAUGUAUAGAGGACUUUCCACUAGCGUUCAUGUCUUGGCCUUACACAGAGGCUCUGUUAUAGCCUCUACUCUAGUCACACUGUCAAGAAGCAGUUUAAGUGAUGCCGAAUCAAAAUCAUUGUAUGAAGCUUUGAUCGAUCAUGCAAAGAAUAACUCUAACAUAGAUGCUACCCGAAUAUCUCUUAACAAUAGAGCAACUCAAAAGUUUGGUAUAAGAGUUCUCCUGAAAAUGCAUAUAACCAGCAGAAAGGAUGGUGUAUCACUUUCUAGUUUCAAUGAAGACGACCAAAACAAGAUAAAACAUCAUUUACUUCAUAUUCUUGUUGAGAAUGGCUAUUCUAUUAUAUUUAUUGAACCAAAAAGUAUGACAAAAGCAAAUGUAGGAGUGACUGUAGAAAAUGAGAUAACUGGUCUUGGACUCAAUGCCACCGAAGUGGAAGAGUUUAUUAAAAAGCUUGAUAGUAUAGAUACCUACAAUCUUAAUCAUAAUGGUACUGUUGUAGAAGUAAUUGAAGAAGAAAGCGAUAAGAAAGUUUUAUAUAUUAUCGUUGGAGUUAUAGUCUUUGUUAUUGUUGUAAUUAUGAUUGCUACCUUUACACUAUGCUAUUGUAGGAAGCGUAUUGAAAGAGCCGAUAAUCAAACGCUCACAUCAGACCAGCAGUCAAGCAUUUAUAGUGGUGGUUUGGGUCGUCCUAAAUCCAGAUUCCAUUGGCAAGAUACUGGAAGCAGUAUUGAGUCUAACUCUGAUAUUGGACAAUCUGUAGAACAUGUUACUCCAGCACGACAUGUUGAUUGGGGUGUGUUAUCGAAACAGGCCAAAAAUCAAGACAGAAAGAUACAUUCGAGAAGUUCGAAUGAACAUCCACAUCAGGCAUCUGGAUGGGUAAGUUAUAAAAUAAAAGGCAAAUAA